AUGGAGAACUUUACAGACAAGUCGUCCGAGGCCAUCAAGAACUCGAUGGAGAAGGCAGAGGAGAUGGGCAACUCGCAAGUCCAUCCCCUCCACCUCAUCUCGGCGCUCUGGGACGAGUCGACGCCCGAAGCCAUGAACUCGACCGCACCAACACUGCUCCGUAGCAGUAUCGAGAAGCUUGGCGGAAACUCGAGGGAGUUUCAACGCCAGCUCCUCAGCCGUCUCGCAAAGCUUCCCGUCGUCGAACCCGCACCCGAACCGCCCAUCCCUCUCACAAACUCUUACCACGCCGUGCUCAAGGAGGCUCAAAAGCUCCAAAAAGACAAUGGGGACAAGUUUGUGGCUGUCGACCACCUCGUCACAGCCCUGGCACACGUUGACCUUUCGGAGAUGAAGGACCUGCUCAAGUCGGCUGGCAUUACAACCAAGGACCUCGAGAAGGAGAUCAAGACCAAGCGCGGGACACGCAAGGCCGACUCGCGUACUGCCGAGGGUCAGUUUGAGGCGCUCACAAAGUAUUGUGUCGACUACACCGAGCUGGCGGCCGAGGGCAAGAUGGACCCCGUCAUUGGGCGCGAUAACGAGAUCCGCCGCGUCAUCCGUAUCCUGGCCCGUCGCACCAAGGGUAACCCAGUGCUCAUCGGUGAGCCUGGUGUCGGUAAGACCGCCAUCGUCGAGGGUUUGGCCCAGCGUAUCGUCGACCGCGACGUUCCUGCUUCCCUCCUCUGUCGCCUCCUCUCGCUCGACAUGGGCGCCUUGAUGGCCGGCGCAAAGUACAAGGGCGAGUACGAGGAGCGCGUCAAGGCCGUGCUCUCGGAGAUUGAGCAGGCUGGCGACAACGGCGACCCUAUCAUCCUCUUCAUCGACGAGAUGCAUCUGAUCCAGGCUGGCAAGGACUCGAGCGGUGGCAUGGACGCUGCCAACCUCCUCAAGCCGAUGCUCGCCCGCGGCAAGCUCAAGGUCAUUGGCGCGACGACGCUCAACGAGUACCGCGAGUACAUUGAGAAGGACUCUGCGUUUGAGCGCCGCUUCGCGCAGGUCAUUGUUGAGGAGCCCACGGUCGCAGACACAGUCGCCAUUAUGCGCGGCAUCCGCGAAAAGUACGAGACCCACCACGGCGUGCGCAUCAUGGACUCUGCGCUCGUCCUGGCCGCGCAACUCGCGAAGCAGUACCUCACCGCUCGCCGCCUGCCCGACUCGGCUAUCGACUUGCUCGACGAGGCGUCGAGUGCUGUCAAAGUCGCCCGCGAGACGCGUCCCGAGGCCAUCGACAUCCUCGAGCGUCGCAAGCUCGGCGUCGAGGUCGAGAUUCACGCGCUCGAGCGCGAAAAGGACAAGGCGUCCAAGGAACGUCUCGCCGAGGCCAAGAAGGCGAUUGCCGAGAUCAACGACGAGCUCAAGCCCCUCAAAAAUGAGUACGAGAACGAGAAGAAGCUUGGCGACCAGAUCCACGAGCUGCGGAAAAGGAUUGACGAGCUGCGUUCAAAGGCCGACGACGCUGAGCGCCGGUACGACCUCGCUACUGCCGCCGACAUCCGCUACACGGCGAUUCCCCAGCGUGAAGCCAAGCUCAAGGAGCUCCAAGCCAAGGAGGACGAGCGUGGCUCGUUGCAGGAGGUCACGCCCGAGAUGAUCGCUGAGAUUGUCGCCAAGUGGACCGGCGUGCCUGUGGCGCGUCUCGUCGAGACCGAGAAGAAAAAGCUGCUCCACCUUGAGAAGCUCCUGUCAAAGAAGGUUAUCGGCCAGCCCGAGGCCGUCACGGCCGUCGCCAAUGCGAUCCGCCUCAACCGCUCCGGCCUCAGCAACCAGAACCGCCCCAUCGCGAGCUUCCUCCUCGUCGGCCCAUCCGGUACGGGUAAGACGUUGCUCGCCAAGACACUUGCCAAGGUCAUGUUCAACUCGGAAGACGCAAUGGUGCGCAUCGACGCAUCUGAGUACUCGGAGAAGCACAGCAUCUCACGCCUGAUUGGCGCGGGCCCAGGCUACAUCGGCCACGAGGCGGGCGGUCAGCUCACCGAGGCGGUCCGUCGCAAGCCGUACUCGCUCAUCCUGAUCGACGAGAUCGAGAAGGCUGCGCGCGAGUUCCACCAGCUCUUCCUCCAGGUUCUCGACGACGGCCGCCUCACGGACGGCAAGGGACGUGUUGUCGACUUCCGCAACACCAUCAUCAUGAUGACGUCCAACGUCGGUAGCGCGUAUCUCAACGAGAACCCGUCCGAGGGCGCUGUGCCCAAGGAGACCCGCGACAAGGUCAUGGGUGCGAUCCAGGCGACCUUCCCUCCCGAGUUCAUCAACCGUAUCGACGAGAUCAUCAUGUAUCGCUCCCUCUCGCGAGCGGACAUGAAGCGCGUCGUCACUGUACGCCUGCGGGAAGUACAGGAGCGCCUCGACAUCAACAACAAGAAGAUCCGCUUGAAAUGUGAUGAGAGCGCACUCGACUGGCUGGCACAUGCCGGUUAUUCGCCAAUCUAUGGCGCGCGCCCACUCGGACGCCUCAUCCAGCAAGAGAUCCUCAACCCCCUCUCGAAACUCAUUCUGCAAGGCCGGGUCCGCGACGACGAGGAUGUCAACGUCACCACCGACCAUGUCAAGAACCGCCUCGUCGUCGUGCCAAACCACGACAACGUCGAGCACCCCGACGACGACGAUGACAGCGACGACGACGCAAUGGACAUUGAGAUCGAGGAGAUGGAUUAG